CUGUCGUUCGAGAGGGCAGUCGCUCGACACCUUCACGCCCAGCAGUCGUCUGGCGUCCCUGGUCAGCUUGUCGGCGUCGCUUUGACGGGCUUCUACGACGAGGCGAUCUACUGGUCGGCCAGGGUCCUUCAGGAGAUGGAUGCCCUUCAGUGGUCGGAGCCCUUGAAGGGUUUGGGCAUCCCUAGCGACUAUGCGCUCCUGGUUGACCCUGUCAACAUGGAUUCAGGUGCCUUCAGCCGUCAGUAUAGUCUGGCUGUCGUCGCCCUGUGUCUAUGCUCUGCGUCCGGCAGUCUUGUGGGGCCAAUGGUCGGCGCAGAGAUACUGCCGUUUGGUGGGCACAAUUACGAGCCCCUGCAGUCGCUCAUCCAGAAGAUCCUGGAGUCGCACCCAGCUGGUUUGGGCCUGCAGUCGCUUCGGAGUCGUUGUGCCUGCGUCGGAGGAGAUGGACAGAUCGUUCGAGGUGGCUCGGCCGCUGUCCAUGGAUCCUCCGGCGUCGCAGAGCGCAUAUGGCAGUGCAUCCACGAGGACGGCGUCAGUGGUCUAUUUUUAGAGUGGGAGGCGACGGCGUGGGACAGGUUCCAUGUUGUGGAUACUUGCUUGUCCAGGGCGGUUCGUUCCAGCCCGUCAGCGUCGGAGAUCUUAAAGAUCGUCGCCGAGCUGGACUCCCUCUUCGGCAUCGGAGAAGGCAAGGUCCUUUUCGAGAGCAUCGCCAACAGGGUCGGCAUUCCCUUCGUCAAGCUUCCGACCUUGAGUGGGACCCGAAAGAUGGUGUACCUGCGUCUGAGCCUCGUCAAGAACUUCAAGCUCAUAGUGCUUUGCUUGCACGCCCGGAUCUUCUGGAGGCACGAAGGCAAGGGCUCGGCCACUUUGGACCGUCUGUUGUCUGUCAGCCGCCGAGUCUCGUUUCUGGUGCCUUUCGAAGUGCUGAUGGAGGAGGCAGUGUCGCCCUACGUCCUCAUCUCUCAGAAGCUGACAGAGCCUCGAGCCGCGAGAACUUCGGGCCAGGACAUGCUGAAAAAACUGCAGUCGUUCGGUGUCGCCCUGGACUUCUUGUCGGUUUUUCUCAGCGUCCUCUGCUUGUUGCGUCAGCACAUCGGCGUCGUGGAUUUGUCGAAUUAUGCCAGGGCGAUGUUCACCUGGCCGGCUUUGCGUCCGUGGCGCCUGCUGCUGCCACGGCUGAUGCCCGUGAUCUUCGAUAACAAGCCGAGCUUUGGAGGCUGUCAGCUUGCCCGGCCUUUCGAAAGCGAUCCAACAAACAUUACUUUGGGACCGCGCUGUCAAUGUGGCCUGAGAGCCAAAUACAUGCGAGGGCGUGGCCAGGAAGCUGCAGCGUCGAACAUGAUGUCUUGGAAGUUGACUUUACCUGCCCUUUACCUAGGUUUGUUUGAUGGGCGACCAUCCUCUGAGGUGAGACUGCAGGUGCCCCUCUGGACCAAUGCAAGAUUGGAUGCCAACUGGCCUUACCACAUGCCUCGAUACCAGGUGUUUUCGCACGAAGAAGCAAGCCAACAACGAGGUGCUGCCAACAUCUUCAGGGUCCAUCUUCGUGAUCGCGGCGCCCUUUCUUGCCGGCAUACUCCCCAAGAUGGCUUGCUGCUGUGGCGCCGCAGCGGUGCUUGCCCUUGCACAUGGACAUCCAGAUGCAAGGUUCCAUUGGGUGUCUAUGAGUCUCAUCGCUACAUCCUGGAGGGCUUGGAGGCAAUGCGUCGGUUUGUCAUCGCCUGCGUCAGUCAGCUGUCGGAAGGCCUGACAAACAAGGCCUACAAUGCCGACAUGCUGCAAGUCCUGGACUCCUGCGAUGAAUGCUUCGAUUGGGGCUUCCUCUGCUUCCAGCGUCCUCUCAGGCGUCAUGCGGACGCCUGGCGAAGGGUCCUGGGCCUCUUGAAGCCCUUCUUGCAGCAUUCGCUUUGGCCAGCAAUGUCAGCGUCUGACUACGCCAAGGUCGAGAGGACAUGGGAGCUGCCAGACGCGGCUCUGCUGUUUCAAUAUGGUUUGCUCGUUGAGAGGGUUCGAUGCGUGGCUUCCUUAGCAUUCCGGCGUCUGAGCUGGAGAGCAACCUUUGACUCCACCGGCAGCAACGUGAAGACGGCUCCGGAGGAGGUUGUGCGGGCUGCGGCGGCAGAAUGGUUCAGUCUGCCGUCCGUCAGCGUCAGGCCGCUCUUUGUGCUGCACAGCAUCGAGUCGGCGGUCGGGAAGAAGCUGCGUAGUCUCUACAUCAGCGUCGUGUCGCUGAAGAAGAUUGCUUGGACCAUCUCUCUUUUCUGUGGAUCAGUGGCUGCCUCCACUUUGCCGACUUCAGCUUACCAGGUCUUCCAGCUGUCGCCCUCCCGCCGUGUGCUCAGUGGUGUUCAGUUGCUGUGUCAGAUUCAAGGAUUUGUGGCAUCAGACGCUGCGUGCAAGGUUUGGGUCCUGUCGGGGGCAUGCGAGGGAAGCGCAAGCGUGAAGUCCUCGAUCAGCACCUCCUGGCGGUGGGCUGCGUCGCGACCAUCUGUGCAGGAUCCAACUGUGGCAAGCUUGUCGUUGUCGAGAGCCUGGAUUCUGGGCACGCCUAUCUAUCUUCAUAAUAAAAGGCUAAAAUACUUAAAUUGA